UCUCACAUCCCUAAAUGGCACUUGGGCUCAAGGUUCUACAGUAUUCGGACUGGAGAGCAAUUCUCAGUAGAUUCCCACCUCCCUCAUUUGUGCCCCCCCUGCUUGUCAAGUUUUUAACUUUAAUAUUGUUACUUAACGCCAUAUUUCAUUAGUUUCGUUUUCUCAUUUUCGUGCGGUGAACUUGGUUCAGUGAUCGUUUUGUUUUCAUCGCGGUUUUUCUUGUUACUUUUUUUUCAGUGAUGUGAUGAUCUGCUGAUCAUUUCUGUGUUUUAAAUGUUAGUUUCGUGUUUCCAAUCGGUGUUUCGAUCGGUUUUAUUAACGCCAGUGGCUGGAGUGAAGGUUAAGCUGAAUUUCGUUCGCGGGUGAGGCCCUUGGUUUGUGACCGAAAGAAGUCACAUAAACAAAGGGUGAGCAGUGUUUUUAUCAAGUUGAGGUUAUAAUAGCAUGGACGAACAGAAUCGAAUGAUGCAUCCAGUAAGUGGUCAAGUCGGUAUGAUGCCCCAACCUUACAUGCCUGUCCCAGAUCCCAGCCAUGGUAAUAAUCCAUCUGCGGAAGAAGGAGGACGGAAACAGGACAUUUCUGAAAUCCUCACGCAAAUCAUGAACAUAACGGACCAGUCCUUGGAUGAAGCGCAAGCAAGGAAACAUACUUUGAAUUGUCAUAGGAUGAAACCAUCGUUAUUCAGCGUUCUAUGUGAAAUCAAGGAAAAAACAGUUUUGAGUUUACGGAACACACAAGAGGAAGAGCCUCCAGAUCCUCAGUUGAUGAGGUUAGACAAUAUGCUGAUAGCAGAGGGGGUGGCAGGUCCGGAGAAAGGGGGUGGCGCCAGCGCUGCCGCGAGUGCCUCGGCGGCCGCUUCGGGCGGCCCCGGUCAGCCCGACAACGCCAUAGAACAUUCGGAUUACCGCGCCAAACUAGCUCAGAUUCGACAAAUUUACCACCAAGAACUUGAAAAAUAUGAACAGGCCUGUAACGAAUUCACGACGCACGUAAUGAACUUACUGAGAGAACAAUCACGGACGAGGCCGAUCACGCCCAAAGAAAUAGAACGGAUGGUGCAGAUAAUCCAUAAAAAAUUCUCAUCGAUACAAAUGCAGCUCAAACAGAGUACCUGUGAGGCUGUUAUGAUUCUCCGAUCAAGGUUCCUCGACGCAAGACGGAAACGGCGGAACUUUAGCAAACAGGCCUCAGAAAUCUUGAACGAAUAUUUCUACUCUCAUCUGAGCAAUCCCUAUCCGUCGGAAGAGGCGAAAGAAGAAUUAGCUAGGAAAUGUAGUAUAACCGUGUCACAGGUGUCAAAUUGGUUCGGAAAUAAACGAAUUAGGUACAAGAAAAAUAUAGGCAAAGCGCAAGAAGAGGCCAACCUAUACGCCGCCAAGAAAGCUGCCGGAGCCUCCCCGUACAGCAUGGGUCCAGCCUCGCAAGGAACGCCCACCCCAAUGAUGUCUCCUGCUCCUCCUAGUGUCCCCCAAGACUCAAUGGGUUACAAUCUGAACAUGAAUGGAGGUGACUACAGCUCGACCAUGUCUGGAUCCCAGCAACCUUACUCUGAUGGUAGCAUGGGAUAUGAUUCGCUGGGACAUCAGGUUCGCGACUGUGACGAUGACGACGAUGAUGACGUAGACGAUGAUGAUGAUUGAAAACGAUGAUUGAUGAUCGUGGCGGGCGCAGCGCCAGGGAGCGAGAUCCGAUCACUGGCCCUCCAUUGUCAUCAUCCCCAGCUCACCUGACAGAUCAUCAUUCCGAUUCUGAAACUGAUCCACCUGAAAAUUCGUAUGAUUGUUAUUUCAUCAUGUUUGUAACUACCUUUAAGAUUAUUUUCUAUUCAUUUUGUUAUUGUUAUUUUUCAUUUGUAACUAAGUCUGAAUUUAGAGUAUGCAAUCAUUUGGAUAUUUUCUCUCUCUCACUCAAAAGUCAUUUGAAAUAUUCAUACACAGAAAAAAAAGCAAAUUUGUGAUGUGGCAUAAAAGUUGUUCCUCGUACAAACUCCUUUUCUCCUUACUGCUAUCAGGUUCAGAGACUGCAUCUGCAAGCGCAGUUUUCUUGUUCUAUCACAGGCAUUAGAUUUCUGGAGUAUCAUUAAUUUUUUUUCAAGAGUUGGGGACAGUACUGACCAAGCUCAUUGGUCAAUUAACUUCUAGAUGAUUUUGAAUCUACACUAAUAUCGAUUCGAAUCAAAUCUAAUAUUUGAACAAAGAUUUUGAUUUUUCCCAUAAAAUUUUAUCUUGUCAUGCCGAAAUCAGAGAAAAAUUUUAAAACAUUUUAGCUCUAGCAGACUUUAAGGACUUCUUUCAUGAGCUACAUAAAUCAGAUUUUCUUCAUAUAUUUGCUGAAAGUAUCUACACCCAGGCUUGUGUGCAUAUUCCCAAACAUUUCAAAUUAUUCCAGAGUCAUUAAAUUAUUUUUUAAUUGUUAAGGAAGGAGCAGCUCUCCUCAUUUAUUUUGUUAUUUUAGACUCCAAUUUUUAUUUUUUUCAUAUUAGUGGAGAAGACUUAGAUCAAGCCACUGUAAUUUUCAUGAAAUAAUUCUGAAAUUGAAGGUUCUCCCAAUCUGACCUUUGCUCUGUAAAUGAAAACCAUGACUCUGGGGUUUCUCAAAUGGAUGAUGGGUACUUUUUUAUUUUUUCAAUUAAGUGUUGAUUACACCUACUCUUUCUCAUCCAGCAGGAAUUAAACGAGAGCAUUGCUUUCGAAAUUUUACUUCCUAGAAUACGAGAGAAAAUAUUAAAUUUUGAAUGAAUAAUAUUGCUAUCAAAGUUUUAAUCUUUCACACCGUUUGUGAUAAAUUUGUAUACCAUUACUUUGUACACUAGUGUUAAAUUUUUCUCUAAGCCUUCUUAUAAAUUAAGCAAGAACUAUCUUACAGAUGAAAGAUCAUAGCAAUUAUGUUGUUGUAAUUAUCUAAUUUUCUCUUAUUCUGUCAAUUUUUUCUCAGCUUUUCAUUUGUUUUUUCGUGAAUGAUUUUGUUUUCAAUGGAUCUAUUUAGUUCCAACGGAUUUUCAAAUGCACAAAGGCCAAUUCUUUUUUUAAAAAAAUAGAUUUGAACUUUUCUGCCACUUGUGACGAUUUUAGAGCAAUCAAGCUCUGAUGAUCCAGUCGCUUUCUUAAAGCUACUAGCUUAGCAUUUCCAUUAUCUUUGACAUUUCAAAAGAAAAGUUUGUGUUUUCACAUCCAAGUAAAGAUGCUAACAAGAAACAUUAUAUUUUCCGCGGAGAUUUUAAUUAUUUAGUUUAAAAAAGAGUUUUUAUUCUUUUUGUCUCCAUGAAUUUUCCCAUCUUUAAUCUCACUGUCAUCUUUAAGAGAUCAGUAGCUUUUUUUUCCUCCACACUUGAUCUUUUUUCCUCCAGCUGAUACUUUCUGUGGCUUUUUUACUUAAGUUAACUUGUAUACGUGCAUAGUGAUCCUUAUUAGUUAUUAAGUGUUAGAUAACUUUUAUAUUCUCUUAAAUGAAAACAAUGUAAUUAUAAUUUAUUGUAAUUGAUUUAAAAAUUUGUCCUAUUGAAAAAAAAAUCUUUUUUGAUGUAUUUUUUAUUCAUGAGCAAAAAGGUUUUGCAACUGAGCGAUACGAUUUAAGAGUGCUUUAUAAAUUAAGUGUUUAUUUUAGGUUAAGGUCAAUUCAUCCUUUCUAGCUUGAAUUCUCUGUUUCUCGUGCUUUGAUCGAUGAAGAACAAAGCAAAAAAGUCAAAUUUCCACUUCACUAAAAUAGACCAGCUUCACAUGCAUUUGCCUGUAAACGCCUCGUUUUGUAUUUUCUGUGCUUGGAAGGAUGAUAAAUGGUUCAGUAUUGCCUCCUAUGUUACAAAAAUAAUGUAGGAAAAGAAAUUCCUCUUUUUAUAGAGUUGCGAGUCCUUAGAUUUAAGAUGCAUCACCAAAUAUCCUACCCAAAAUAAGGUUUUAAGUACUGAGGUAAGGUUUUAAGUUCAUUUAUUACUGCCUGUAAUACUGUAUACCAUAAAUUUAAUUUUUAAUCGAGGACCUCCUUUUUUCUCUUCCUUUAUUUUUUCAAUCUACAGUUAAAAAAUUAUGUUUUUACCUCUACAAUUUGAAGAAAAAUAUUUAUAUGAUUAAUUGUAUACCAUUUAGUGCAACUACUAAUUGAGUCUCAGAAUCAUCUUUAUUUUAUAUGCUGCUAUCCAUAGCAAAAUAUGUUGAUAAAUGUUAUCAAUUUUAGCAAAAUAAGCUUUCAAUAUGUUAUGAGCAGGGUCACAUCACAAAUAUAUCAGAGUAAAUUUUUUUGACCUCAUAGGAUGUGUGGAAAGUAUUUGAAACAACGAAAUUAAAUAAGUGACAUUUUGCAAUGAGCAAUCCCCAUAACCUUGCAAGAGUUUUGAAUCACUGUGAACUGAUUCAUUGCAUAAAAUAUUAUUUGGGUUUUUAAUAAUAAUCAAAAACCGAAAAAAAAACUAAACUGUAACAUGCUAUGCUUCCAUUUUUGGAGCUGCAUAACAAAAACAUUUUUCAUCCAAAUCAACCCAUUCCCUCUUUCACUGUUCUCUGUCUCUAUGUUUUGAAUUUUCUUAUCUCCUUCAUCACACAUUUGCAGUUUCUUUUGAGCGUAUGCAAGGAAAGGGAAAAAUACUAUCUUAGCACUCAAAUUAUCGAGCAAUAUACUGAUUGCAUUGGUUACGCAUUUAGACAAAAUCUCAUAUUCGCGAGAAGUGAAAAAGAGUAUUGCAAAUUGAAAACAGGGUGAAUAUUAUACUACUUUUAUUUUAUUUUUAAGUCGCGUGUGCUCUGACUUUAUUGUUAACUGUGAUUUAACACGCCAUUUUCUAACUCGCAGCUCCUGUCGUGACAACGGGGAUUAAUAAGAGCAUGUGUAAUCCAUGUCCCAAAACUGGAAUCCGAUGUCAGUACCUCUUGCACCAACUUCUAUGAUGAGAGUUGAAGCAUUUCAAUUCAGCCUUGACAAAUUCCAGUGGAAGCUUAAUCAUUGAAGGCCUUCCUAAGUAUUUUGAAAGUAGAAACAAAUUAUUAUCCCCCUCUAAACCUUGAUGAUUUCUUAAAUUUUCUCGUCUCACAGGACUCACUCUAAAAUUGAGCUCUAAUGACUAAUGAGAGACACACAAAUCAGAGGGCUUUCUAUUCAUGGUGGGGAGUUGCUUGUUAGAAGUACAACAUGUAUACGCAUAGUAAUUUACGCUAGUAAUUUAAGAAAUUUUAUUUAUAGCUAUUGUAUUUGUAAAUACUGGAAUUCUUUCUAGGAAUAAAAUUAACUCUAUCAUUGA